UACAAAUCCACACCAUUCCUCAUGUUAAAAUGCGAUCACUUUCGUCGUUUUUUUCUGUGACAAACAUAAAGAGUAACUUAAUAACUUUAUGGAGUUUAUGCGUGGCUUGCCGUGUGUGUUUUUGUUUUUUUGUAUUAUGUUAUGUAAAUGUGUUAAGGUACAUGAGUUCACUUGAAAUGCAUCUAGAAAACAAACAAGUUGGAGUCGGACAACAAAGUCGAAUGCAAGUCAUUAGUAUGCAUAAUUUACCUGAUUACUAUAGUAUUAUAUGCUUGGUAAUCAAUCCUAUUGUUACGCCGUUUCAUAAUCAUCUUUCCAUGCAUAACUCAUAACCCAAGCGUUGAAUCAUUCAUGCUCGUAACGAGUUCACAUGCAAUUUGAUAGUUACAAAUGUACAAAUCAUUAAAUGUCUUUUUAUUUCAGAGUCUAUCAAUGUAUGGAUCCUCAUCUCGUUAACCACCUGCCGAACAAGUUUUACUAAAGACGCACGAGAGAAUGGACGCCCUUAAUUGCACGGGUUCUAACUUAAGCCAGAUCGCUGGAGAAGACCCAGAUUUUCUCCUCUAUCAGUUCGUGGUGAACGCCUACAUCACGGCCCCCCUAUGUCUGCUGGGGUUACUUGGAAAUACGUUAGCCUUUUUUACUCUAAUGCGGGAUACCAAAAGAUCGGUGACAUUUUUUCUGCUUCGUGCCAUGGCGGUGAUGGACAACCUUGUUCUUAUUAUUGCCCUGCUGUUGGUGUUACCAACUGUUCAUCCUAAUACUGGGCUUUUGAAAUGUUUCAGCGAGAUAGGCUAUAUCAUGGACACGUGGAUAUGGCCGCUUGGAAUGACCUUCCAGACAGCGGCCGUUUGGCUGGUAGUUGUUGUAACUGUUGAUCGAUACAUUGCUGUUAAGAUGCCUCACCGCGUCCGAAGUUUGUCAACAAUUUCCAAGGCCAAAAUAGCCACGGCGACCGUCUCUUUGAUCUCCGUUCUCUUCAACUUGCCACGAUUUUUCGAAUUUUAUAUAUCGUAUGACUUGACGUGUGUUGACAAUACCACUACCACUACCCUGAAACCGGUAUCAGUUCCAACUGCUCUGCAGGAAGACCAGGACUACCAUUACGUCUAUACCUUCGCCCUAUACUGCCUGGUGAAUUUUGUGAUCCCCCUAGCCACUUUAAUUUUUCUUAACAUCAACUUAAUACUGGUUGUUCACAGGGCAAACACCGAUCGACGGAUCAUGAGCGUACAGUCCCUAAGAGCUGCUAGUAGAAACCAGGCAUCAUCGGAAACCAAUAUUACCUUCAUGUUAAUUUUAGUGGUGUGCGUGUUCAUUGUUUGCCAGCUGCCGGCACUUGUAACUCAGAUAUGGUAUGCUGUGGAUCCAGAACAGACUGGAUACAAAUAUUUGGGAGAGUUAAGUAAUCUUAUGGUGACAUGCAACUCGGCAGUUAAUUUUCUGAUCUAUUGUGCGUUCGGGAAGCGUUUCCGAGAGUUACUCAGAGAGACGUUUUGUGGCCGCCAUUCCAGGAGAAAGGGAAGAAGCAGCUUUCAUCGUUCUUCUGAUCGUUAUACGGAGUCCAUUCUUUUAAAAGACACCUAAAGAACCUAGUUUUUGAUAUUAAUUGAGAACAAAAAGAUCUUAUUUCUGAAAUGUCAUGUAAACCCCCCAGUGCGGAUCCUGUGCUUCUACAUGUACAUAAACGCAAUCAGUGUUACAUAUUUACCCUCUACCCUCUACCAGGGCCGCAGUUAUUAUUGUUGACAUUUUUGCUGAGGCGAGAGCCAAAAUAACUGUCUAUUUAUCUUUAGACAUAUCUGUGAAUAUCUGUGGAAAAUCAAUCUGUCGCCCUUGUAGAGGGUAGUAGAUACCCGGUGUCAAUGAGGGACCUUUCCACUCGCUGAGAAAGAAGUAUCUGAACAACUGAUGUACAGACGGAGCAAACCAAAUGUGCUUCUACAGACUCUUGUGCCAUUUUUCCUUUCAUAUUUUGAUGUAGGGAAGAGGUCCGAACUAACUUUAAAAGGAAGAGGCGACAAUAUGUUUUUGUGAUGCAUAUUGGUAACUGUUUGCGAUUUGCUUCAAACGAGACGACAGAGCCACAAAGUUCGUUCUGUGUCUGGUGACAAGUGAGACACUUGCCCUCUGAUAUUUACUUGUGUUUGUAGUAUAGCCUAUUACAAUAUUGAAGAAGAAUUCUUUUUCCGGCGACCCAUGUGGUCAGAGAGUAUGAGGCACCAUGAAUGCUAAGAAAGCGUGACGACGCAGCCUCGUGGAACACUGGAGCUUCUGGCAAGCAAAACCAAAGUUAUUAUCUGUAUCAUAUGUAUUUAAUUGAUAAUCAUGAAAAAUGUUACAAUAAAAUAACCAAUCUUUCGUCGAAAUAACUGAUUGGACAAUGUGUACUGGCAGUCAUCAAUCAUAAUAGUAAUCAUGGUCUGAAAUUAACAAACGCAUUUUGGCACUGUGGUAAGAAGAGAAUUUGGCAGGUAACUACUGCAUAAUUCUGGACGAUAUAAGAACUUGUAUGAACGCCGUUUAUUUAUUAUUAUUUUUAUUAUUAUUAUUAUUAUUAUUUUGUUGUUGUUGUUGUUGUUGUUUUGAAGAGCGUAAUAUCAUGUCUUAAUUUAAAGUAAUUUGAAUUGUUUAAGGACGGCAACUGCUGGACAGUCUCUUGAUGGAAACCAACAAUUCUUUAAACGUUCAAAUGCUUGUUCUUAUAUGCUUGGAAUUAAAACGUAGAUAUUUCACAAAA